UUGAUUGAUACAACUAACCAUGCCAAUACAUUAGCAUUUUAUAAAUAAAAACACACACGUAAAUCUUGAGGGUAGAGGUAGAAAAAAGAUUCACCUCUCAACCCUGACUAGCUAUAAUUAUCCACUUUCAGUUCUUUUUUGUUGUUGUAUGAACACUCUUGGCACAAAAGAGUCCAAGAAGACAAAACAAGAAUUAAAAACAUGGGUGACCCAAGCGGCCAAUCUUCAACAACAACUGUACCUGGAGACAAGGGCGGCGGCGGUCAUGUCGGUGGAGGCGGUGUAAGUGGUGGCUCUUUUGCUAGUCAGCCGCAGAGAGCAAAGGUGAGGAAGCAAGUGUGGGCUGGAAUUCUCUGCAUCUCUUCCGCCUCCACUAACCGAUAAUAUUUUAAGAAAACUUUUGACAAAAAUGUCUUAAGUGAAAUGGUGGUGAUUACUAUGCUUUUGAUCAUUGUUCUUGUUAAGUUAACUGUCUCUAAAUAAGCUAGCGAGAUCAUGACCAUCAUCAUCGUCAUUGUAAUGAGAUUCUGUAAAUAUUAUUUCAACUUCUGCAAUGAAGAGCCUUUUAAUUAA